AACUAAGCCUCUAUUAUUCUUCAAUACAUUUUUAAAAGGUCAAUAAAUCCAACGGCCCACACUCUUUCCUCGUCCUUUUUCUGGGUGGUAACCACUCUUUUUGAGCAUUACCCCCAAGCUAUAAUAGUGUAGUGGAACAUACACCUUUUUCCACUGAAGAAAAGCAUGGUCGUCUCUGCUUCUUUGUCUCUUCCUUUGACCGAGAGAGACUGUGAAUUCAUUUGAGAACUGAGAAACACGUUUUUGUUUUUCUAAAGAGCAAAACAACCCAUUUUCUUCUAUACCAUUGUUGAGCUGAAACUCUGAACCAAAAUAAUGGAUUUCAUUGUACCUGUCUUCUUUUUCUUUUUUCUCUUCACCACCCAAUGCUGUUUCAGUGCAAAUACUCAGCUGAGGGCGCUCAUGGAUAUCAAAGCUACUUUAGACCCAUAUGACAAGUUUCUCUCUUCGUGGACCGUCAAUGGUGAUCCUUGUGAUGGUUCUUUUGAAGGUAUAGGCUGUAACGAGAAAGGACAAAUAGCCAACAUUUCUUUGCAAGGGAAGGGGCUUUCUGGCAAACUCUCACCAGCUAUUGGUGGGCUUAAGCACUUGACGGGGCUUUACUUACAUUACAACUCUCUGUACGGGGAGAUACCGAGAGAAAUAACUAACUUAACUCUUCUCAGUGAUUUAUAUUUGAAUAUGAAUAAUCUCUCUGGUGAGAUUCCUCCAGAGAUUGGUGGCAUGAUUAGCUUGCAGGUAUUGCAGCUCUGUUAUAACCAGCUCACAGGAAGCAUACCCACGCAGCUGGGAUCUUUGAAGAAGCUUAAUGUUCUUGCCCUGCAGUCCAAUCAACUUACUGGUGCAAUUCCUGCAAGUUUAGGGGAUUUGGGUACGUUAAUGAGGCUUGAUUUGAGCUUCAAUCGACUCUUUGGUUCAAUCCCCACGAAACUAUCUGAUUCACCUCUGCUUGAAGUUUUAGACAUCCGGAACAAUUCUCUUUCUGGCAAUGUUCCUCUCGCCCUUAAGAGACUGAACGAUGGAUUCCUGUUUCAAAAUAAUAUGGGUCUAUGUGGGUCUGGGUUUUCAUCACUGAAAGCUUGCAAUGCUUCUGAUCAUAUUAAUCCAAGCAGACCUGAGGCAUAUGGGCCAAGGGCAACUGGCCUUCCUAGAGAAAUACCAGAGACAGCAAAUCUGCGGUUACCUUGUGAGCAAACUCAGUGCUCAAAGCCAUCAAAAUUUCAAAGGGGUCCUAUUCUUGUUGGCUUAAUUGUUGUCACAGUUGCAUUAUCAGCUAUAGGAAUCCUCACAUUUAUACAAUAUCGUCGCCGGAAACAGAAGCUUGGUGGCUCAUUUGAAAUUUCUGAUAGCCGCCUUAGCAGUGAUCAACCCAAGGGGUUUUACAGGAAGAAUGGCUCUCCACUUAUUAGUCUUGAGUAUGCUAAUGGUUGGGAUCCUUUGGCUAAUGGCAGGAAUUUCAGUGGCUUUGCCCAAGAUGUCUUUCAGAACUUUAGGUUCAAUUUAGAAGAGGUGGAGACAGCUACUCAGUACUUUUCAGAGGUAAAUUUAUUGGGGAAGAGUAACUUUUCUGCAACCUAUAGAGGGAUUCUGAGAGAUGGAUCUGCUGUUGCCAUUAAAAGCAUCAGUAAAACUAGUUGCAAAUCUGAUGAUGCAGAGUUCUUGAAGGGAUUGAAUAUUUUGGCUUCAUUUAAGCAUGAAAAUUUAGUGCGAUUGAGAGGAUUUUGCUGUUCAAAGGCCCGGGGAGAGUGCUUUCUCAUUUAUGAUUAUGUCCCCAAUGGAAAUUUGCUGCGCUAUCUUGAUGUGAAAGAUGGUGAUGGCCAGGUCCUGGAAUGGUCCACAAGAGUUUCCAUUGUUAAAGGCAUAACCAAAGGUUUAGCAUAUUUGCAUGGGUACCAAGUAAACAAACCUGCUCUCGUACACCAAAAUAUUUCAGCUGAAAAAGUGCUCAUUGAUCAGCGAUUCAAUCCACUGCUUUCAGAUUCAGGCUUGCACAACCUACUUACCAAUGACAUUGUCUUUGCUGCACUAAAGGCUAGUGCUGCUAAGGGUUACCUUGCUCCUGAAUACACUAGUACAGGCCGUUUUACUGAUAAGAGUGAUGUUUAUGCAUUUGGAGUUCUUGUUUUCCAAGUCCUUUCUGGGAAGCGAAAAGUCACUAGCUUGGUACGACUUGGAGCUGAAUCUUGCAGAUUCCAAGAUUUUAUUGACCCAAACCUCCAUGGUAGGUUCUUUCAAUAUGAAGCAGCUAAACUUGCAAGAAUUGCUUGGCUUUGCACUCACGACUCUCCUAUAGAAAGACCAUCCAUGGAAGCAGUAGUUCAAGAACUGGGUAACUGCAGUAGCUGUAUCUAGUUGCUUCAGUUAAAUCCUUCUGGACCAAACUUUCAGUUGAUGACGGCAAGCUUGAGAUGAAGUGUCACUAACCACUCAUUGGGGAUGAAGGGAGCAUGUAGAAUUUGUGUCCUCUUGCUAAGGAGUAAGCCUCGUGAAUGUUUUGCAUUAUUAUACCCUACUAACGGGAUUUUUCAUGUGAAAUCAACCUGAGUCUUUGGAAAAUUUGUAAAUUGGUGGAUUUCUUUCAUAAGCAGAACGGUUGUAACUUUGAAACACUAAUUUAUCUUCAUCUCCAAGAUUUGUCUAGGCUUUUAUUCUCUCUUGUGGUUGUUUUGAUCCUGCAACACCCUUGUUAACAAUGUUGUGCCUUAAUUAUGGCUGCGAAUCAUAAAUGCCCUCGGAUUGUCCUGAGAGCAGGCUUUGAAAUUUUAAGCAAAUGCCAAAAUCGUUAGCCAGGGGAUU